AACGUUUCUAGGUACGUUUUGAUAUUUCUUUCAUUCUGCAUGGAGAACAGUGACCUAGAAGUGUGAUUUGUUUAUACGUUAUUCGAGUUGUCCAAAGCAAAGAGCCAUGGUUCAAUCCAAGACCUGGGUCCUGGCCCGUCACUUUGAAGGAUUCCCGGAGGACAGCAACUUUGAGCUGAAGCUGGAGCAGCUGCCAGAGCCUAAAGAUGGAGAGGUGCUUCUCGAGGCACUGUUUCUCAGUGUGGAUCCUUACAUGAGACCGUUCAGCCGACUGCGUAUGAAAGAGGGGGGAGUGAUGAUCGGAACUCAAGUGGCCAAGGUGAUCCAGAGCAACAACUCAACCUUCCCAAUUGGGUGCCAUGUGGUUGGUAGAUGCGGCUGGAGGACACACACUGUGUCUGAUGGGACAGGCCUGACACGCCUUCUGUCUGACUGGCCACAGGAGGUCCCCAUGUCCCUGGCUCUGGGGGCCAUCGGCAUGCCUGGGUUAACAGCCCUGUACGGUCUGGAGGAGGUGCUGGGGCUGCAGGCUGGAGACACCCUCCUGGUGAACGCUGCAGCUGGGGCUGUGGGCUCCGCUGUGGGCCAGAUCGCUAAGAUCAAGGGCUGCAGGGUGGUGGGCUCCACCGGGUCUGACGCCAAGGUGGCCUUCCUCAAGGAGCUGGGCUUCGAUGAGGCCUUCAACUACAAAACAGUCAGCUCUCUGGAGGAGGCCCUGAAGACUGCCUCACCUGACGGAUACCACUGCUUCUUUGAGAACGUGGGAGGCCCUUUCUCUAGUGUGGCCAUCCCUCAGAUGAAGGAGUUUGMAAGGAUAGCCUUGUGCGGGGGCAUCUCAACAUACAAUGACACCACUCCACAAACAGGUCCCUACCCCCAGCUGACCAUGAUCUUUAAGCAGCUGAAGAUGGAGGGCUUCCUGGUGGGCAGGUGGGAGCAUAAGAACCAAGAGGCUCUGAGGAGACUGAUGGCCUGGAAGAGGGAGGGGAAACUGCAGUGUCGUGAGCAUGUCACUGAAGGCUUUGAGAACAUGCCUGCUGCCUUUAUGGGAAUGCUGCAGGGAGACAAUAUUGGAAAAGCCAUUGUUAAAGUUUAGAUGGCUUCAAUGGAUACUCUAUCAUAGAAUUAGAAUUCAUGGAACAUUCCCAUAGGAACGCCAAACUAUAACCAUGACAUUGCAUUCUGGAAUCAUUUUUCUAUAGUGCAUUCAUAGCACAACCUUAUUAUAUACACAUCAUAGUCCGUCCUUGAAUCCAAAUGUUUACUCUGUAUGAAGUAUUAAAGUCUUUUUAUGGCUUUUAUUGUCUGACUUCAAUGUUUUACUCACAAAUCAGAUUCAAAUGAAUUGAUAGUGUUUCGUAGGCGACCAAGUAGUAAUUUAGUAAUGGCAAGAUGUGCAUCGCCACACUGUACCACAGACCUAGGUUGUUCUGUCUUAUUGCAGACUAUAGCUCUAAAAAUAACUCUGCUCAUAAUUAAUGCUUCUCAUCUCCUUGAAAGCAGGAAGAAAGUGCUUUGUUCAUUAGGCACCAAACGGUAGUAAAAAGGUCUAAAAAAGGGAGGUACUACCUGGAAUUGUCCAAUAAGAAAUGUUCCUUUUCCAUUUGAAAACAUUUACUACGGUGUGCCCUAAUGAAUGUGAGCCAGGGCUUUGAAGCUCCUGUGCUCCUACGCUGUCAUUGAGUGGAUCCAAAACAAUAGUGUAAGGUCUAUCACCCCGUAGCUGUCUACAACAUCCCUUUGUUUGAUAUGAAUGAGACGUCUUUAUUUUUAGUUACUGAUUUGAAUUUCAGUAGAGCUCAGGUGACAAGAUGUUCGUUUCUGUAAUAAGACAAACCUCAUGGUGAGAGCCUGUCAUGUACAUAACCAUGGACCACCAUGAGGAAGGAAGGAAAGCAUGAAUCAUACCAAUAAUGUCAUCUGAUGGGACUAUUACAAUGUAUUUGAUGCAUUCAGAUCACGUUGGUCCAUCAAUCCACAGAAUAAAUUACUUUCUCAUUGGA